AUGACCACAAGUGGCCCCUUCUGUGGAGGAAUGACCCAGCGGGCCUGGGCCCUGUGGCUGCCUCCAGCCCUGCUGCUUCUCUGGCUCCCAGGCUCCAUGGCGCUGACGGGGCCCAAGACUGUGUCGGGCACCGAGGGGGAGACUCUGAGCGUGCGCUGUCGGUACAAGGAGAAAUACAAAGACAAUGACAAAUACUGGUGCAGAGGAUCGAUUUGGGCAACAUGUGAUAAGAUCGUGAAGACUGGAGGAUCAACGACCCAGGGGAGGAGGGGCCGAGUGUCCAUCAAGGACCAGCCCACCAAGCUCAGCUUCACAGUGACCCUGAGGAACCUCACCGUGGACGACCAAGGCGCGUACUGGUGUGGGGUUCAUGUCACACUUUGGGGAGAUGGAAGAGUGUCGGAUCCCAACUUCCAGGUGGUGGUGUCUGUGUCCCCAGCCCCAGUGCGACCUUCACCUGCAAGCACACCUACAAGUAACCCUUUCACCACCAUCUUCAAAGCCACAACAGAAGGUCUUUCUGUGUCAUGCACUCCGCCGCCCCCAGAGGGUGUCACCCCCAGCCGGAGUAGCCUGGACAACCCCAGCCAGAGCCACGCCCCAAGGCUGUGGGUGCUGCUCGCCCUGGUGGCUCUCCUGCUGCUUCUGUUGGUGGGGGCCUGCCUAGUGGCCUGGAGAAUGAGGACCAGACGUAGAAAAGCUGCCCAGAGAGCACAGCUGUCCCGGAACCACAGUCUGCCCCAGCUCGACGAGCCCGGGGAGCCCUGCUAUGCGAACCUGGAGCUGCAGACGUGGCCUUCGGGGACAGCGCCCGAGCAGCAGAGGGACGCGGAGGUGGAGUACAGCACCGUGGCAGCGCCCAGGGACAAGGUGGACUACACCUCGGUGACGUUUGCGCCCCCGAGUCAGGAUUCUGAGGCCCCCAGUACUGCCCUCGAGAGGCCCCGAGAGGAACCAGAGUACAGCGUGGUGAAGAAGCCAUCGCCCCCGUCUCAAGCCUGCCCAUCUGAGGGGCCCCUGGGGUCAUGAGAAGCCCAGGGAUGACCUCUUCAGUCCUCACCCCAUAUGCCUGCCCCAGCCUAGCCCCUGGAUGGUCACGAACAAGGCGGCUGGACUCGGGUGGGCUGGCCCUCUUGUGCCAUCAGCCUGGCUGACUUCACUGGGCUGACCAAAACGAACAAGAAUUCUAGGUGGAUGGGGAACCCUCCCAGCCCCCCUGGAUCUAGAUUUCUAAACUUCCUUCUGUACCUGUGCUUCAUCCCCGCUGUGUACGUGAGGACGGGAACCCAAACAAACGUGUGACUCCCACAGGAUGGCACCUAUACAUCCCUUUAGAAGCUACCCCCAGGGGACCAAUGACCGCCAAGCCAACCAGGGCUCCUGGCGCCCCCAUGCGUGUCAGACAAGAACUGUGCCCCCCAGGGUUUUUCAGUUGCUGAUUUUGUCAGCAGUAGAUCGCCACACCUCUCUUCCAAGGCUCCUCUGGGUGGAGUCGAACCACCAACCUUUCAAUUGGCAGGGAGCACGUCACCUGUUCUUACCACCCAGGGCUCCUUUCUAAAUCACAGCCUCGUAGACACACCCGAGACUGCCCAGGGGAGAGGAGACCUAGAGGGGGAGUCAAGGAAAUGCAGGAGAGGGGAUUCCUUCACCCACACACAGAGGGGAGGG